CCGGAGCUGGGAUUUUGUCCCAAUCCACAGAGGAACUUUGUUAUUCCUGACAAAAUGUGUGUGAGGUCUCUGGGAUUUGUGCUUCUGGCUUGGCUUCCUGGCUUUCUGCACGCUCAAACAGCUUGUGGUCCCCCCAGACUCACUGAUGGCUAUUUUGUCCCACAGCGAAAAAACUACAAUCAUGGACAAACAUUGACUUAUAGCUGUGAAACUGGAUUUAAGCCCGUGGUGGAGGGCUGGUGGGCAACAAGCACGUGCCAGAACGGCAAAUGGACUCCUACCCCUCAGUGUAUAGAUAGUAGCGCCUGCCUUCCACCUGCUAUUGAAAAUGGGAAGUACAAAGAAGCACAAAGGGGCUGGUAUGAAAACCAGGACGAGAUCACGAUCACCUGUGAAGAUGGGUUUGACAUGAGACUCCGCUCCGGCAGAAUUCAUUGCUCAAAUGGAAGAUGGUCUCCUCCGCCUGUUUGUGAGAGAAGCAGUGAUGCGUGUGAUGAGCCUGAUAAAAUCCCCCAUGCAGUUAUCAUCAAUCAGGAGCCCAAGGAGGCUUACGGCCAAAACUAUCAGCUAGAGUAUCAGUGUGAGGAUGGAUACACUACAGGUCAAGCAAAUAACAGAGGAUCUAUCACUUGCCAAACUGGAACCUGGACUGAAGCACAAUCAUGCAUUCCUGCAGUUCGAUCCUGUGUGUUGGACCUGAGUAGACUCAAUGUUGGCCAAACUUCACAGAUCAGCAUAAAGGAUGGAGAGACAAAGGAGAUUGAUUGUAGACAUUGGCCGGACUACUGGAUGUUUGCUAGGUGCUCUAAUGGAAUAAUAGAUGCAACUGAGUGUUGCCACAGUAACGACAUUGCUCGAAAUGUUUGCACAUUUACCAAACGACUGUAACAUUUCCUGGCUUUGGAUUCAUCCACCACCAACAGAGAAUGAAGUGACGGAGAGAUUUCUGUCAGAAACACCUGGAAGGAAACUUUUUCUUUUUGUAUUUAAAUUCUGUUGAUUGUUGGUUGACAGCAAAUAUAAAAUGCUUGAUUUUACUUAAAAUAAAAUAUUUCAACAAGA